AUGGAUGAUGCAGAAGCUGAAGAGGAGCGGGAAGCCCAGAAGAAACACAAGGAACUCGCCGAGGCACGAGCAGCAGAGGAAGCCAGGAAGCAACGAAAGGAACAAGCAGCAGCGGCAGCCAGGGAGAAACAAGAGGAACUCGCCACACUAGCAGCAGAGGAAGCCAGGAAGAAAGAAAAGGAACUCGCCAAGUCACAAGCAGCAGAGGAAGCCAGGAAGAAGCAAGAGGAACUCGCCAAGGCACUAGCAGAGGAAGCCAAGAAGAAACAAGAGGAACUCGCCAAGGCAGCAGCAGAGGAAGCCAGGAAGAAACAAAAGGAACUCGCCGAGGCACAAGCAGAGGAAGCCAGAAAGAAACAAGAGGAACUCGCCAAGGCAGCAGCAGAGGAAGCCAAGAAGAAACAAAAGGAACUCCCCGAGGCACAAGCAGCAGAGGAAGCCAGGAAGAAACAAGAGGAACUCGCCAAGGCACAAGCAGCAGAGGAAACCAGGAAGCAGCAAGAGGAGCUCGCUUCGUUGCGACGCAAGAAGGAACAGCUGGAGAUGGCUCUGCGAGAAGUGGACAGGUUGAAUCAGGAGCUGCAGCAAGGGACCCAAGAUGCUGACGAGACCAUGCAGUCGUUGCAGGAGCCACGGAUGCCAGGACCCUGUAAGAACGAAACACCAAGCCCAAAACCGCAGCUACUUGGAGGAGCAUCCAUGCCCAGUAACGCCAGCUUGACAACCACCCAAAGCGAGAGCUCACAAAACAGCCAGGACGCCCAGGACCCAUGGGCAAUUCAACCCCAGCGAUUGUUCCAAUCUCCGUCCGCCAAACACGUGGCCAGCCCUCCACCUGUUUCAACUGCAGCAAUCAACAAGCGGCUCUCCAGAGCCAUGGAACCGACAUCAAAGGGUGUCUUCAGGGUCGCAGAAAGCAUCCGCAAGCAGUGGCAAGCAGGAGGUGCCAGCAAGGAAGGUGUGAUCCGGCUUUUCGCUGCACCGGCCAGCGAAGAGCUUUCCAAAUUGCUGAAAAGGUUUCAAUACCCUGAAAUCCAGGAUGCUGCGAAGCCCUCGACCCUGCUCGCCAAAGCUAUUCUUGCAUGUCAGAAACGGCUGAAGAAGCUCGAGGAGCUCAUGCCCGAUGACAAACCCCCGCCCCCAGAAGAGAACGUCGAUGACUCUGCUGGGAAAGGAUCUGUAGUGCAAAGGUCUGGCCCCCAGCUGCUGAAGAUGUACACUCAGCUGGAUGAGUCGUGCGACCGAUUGAUCCAAUGCCAGACUGAUGGAGUGGUUGAUGGCUAUGACGACGAGCUCUCUGCUUGCAUCGUCGGGGAAGUGUCGCAGGCUGCGAUAUCUGAUGGGGCUAGGAUCGGAAGCUUGAGGGAUGGGGCUAAGAUCGACAAGAAUCAUUCAGAGAGAAAUGCCCAUCGGCUGUUCAACAAGUACGGACUAGCCCUCAGAAUCCCGAUAUCUUCUUUAGAAGUUCCAGCCACUGCUGGCUCUGGGGGGCAAGACCACGCAAGUGUGCCACACCUUAGGCUUACUGACAUGCUGGGCCAUCUACUCAAUCAUCAUGAAGAAGUACUGUUCGGUGGCCUUAGAUUUGGCAAUGCUGCUGAAAACCUUCUUUCGGAGUUUUGGGCACGCUUCCAGAGCCAUCAGAAGGACCACGUGAUUUUCGAGUCCAUUCCGGAAUCAGAGCGGUGUCGAUGUGUUCCUAUAAUGAUCCAUGGGGAUAAGGGUAGGACGCUCCAGAAAACCCCGAUCAUGGUCCUCAAUUUCGAGCUGGCGCACGGUUUACCUCCCGACCUGAUACGUAAGUGCUCAUAUGAUUGCAAGAGGAACACACGACACAACUUUGACAGUACGUUGCGAUGGACCUGUGCAAGGCGAGCCUCCGCAAAGCGGAAGUUUGCAGAGAUGAGCUUCAAUGAGUGUCCUAGGGAGUGCCCUGGGAAAUGCUUUGACCAUGCAUCUGCUGGUAGUCAUCAUCGUCACAACAACAAAGGGCAUUCCUACCUUAGCCGUUUCUUGAUUGCUGCUGUGCCUUCAAAUCUUUACAAGAAGAACGACGGUGUUAUACCCGGCCUUUUGAAGAUGAUAGCUCAGCAGCUGCAGGUGUUGUUCGAGGAAGGCCUCGUGCACAGCAAGUCUGGGUCACGGCUGAAGUUUGUUUUUAUAGGCGUCAAAGGCGACGCCGAGUGGCAUUGGGAGGCCGCUGGCUUCACAAGAAGCUACCACAAGACUGGCUCAGUGAACUACAAAUGCAUAUGCCCAUAUUGCGAGGCUGGUGCAGAAGGCUACAGCUAUACUGAUGUCAGUGACUCCCCAGCCUGGCUGCAGACAGUCGGUGUCACCGAUCCGUGGGACACGACGCCGCCGCUGAACGAAGUGCCCUACGCAUCAACAUUCGCUGCAGGCCUCUACAAGCUAGAUGUCUUCCAUGUUCUAAAGUUCGGAGUAUUUCGGGACACCGUAGGUUCUUCGAUCGCGCGACUGGCUUUUAUGAGGUAUUGGGACACGGAUGAUGUUACCGAAUCUUGUGGAGUGCCGGAGCGGCUGAAUCGUGCGUUUGCUUACUACUCCAUGUGGUGUCUUGCCCAAAACAAAAAUCACACAUUGAAGCGCUUCUCUCGUGCCAACAUGUCUUACGACAAGAACCACCACUUUGCAGAGGUGCAUGCCAAAGGCAGUGAAGUCAUCCUCUUAAUGACAUGGCUGAGUUUUCAGCUGGACCUCUUUCUGCGGGAGCCAAAGGAUGCCGGAGAUGUACCCAUUCUCAAGGUGAUGAAGCAAAUGUUGGAUGGCGGCUUGACGUAUGUAGGAAUCAUGCAUAGUCACGGCACCUGGCUACCGCACUCGUGUGCAUGCCUGCAGUUGGACGCUGGCAUGUGCUUUGCUCGUGGGUAUGCUUUCCUGGCCAAUCAUUGCACAGCUUUGCAGGUGCCAGGGACUGUGCAGCGGUACCUUGUGAAGGUGCGCCUUUUGUUGGAGCGGCUCCAAAAGUAG